ACGGCUUAGUUGCUCCAUGGCACGUGGGAUCUUCCCAGACCAGGGAUUGAAUUGGUGUCCCCUGCAUUGUAAGGUGCAUUCUUAAUGACUGGACCACCAGGGAAGUCCUGGUUCUUUGAUUAACAUCAGUCUCCCUGAUUGGGCUGCAUGAAGAUAACGGUGGGAUCUGUUUUGUUGCUCACUGUAUCCCCAGUGCCAAGCAUGUGGUUGGCAUAUAGUAGGUACUUAGCAAAUAUUAGUUGAGUGAAUGAAGGAUUGAUUGAAUGAAUUGUCUACCAUGUUUUUCACAAGAUAUCCAGUGGCCCAGUUGACCUUGCCUCUUUCCCCACUUCUUCACUUAGUCCACUCUGGUUUUUUCAAGGAAAACUGAGUUUGGAGAAAGUUGAGCAUCCAGUCACUCCUCCAGGUCCCCCAGGGCAGAUCUUUUAUCACCCCUAUGAAUUAUUUGUUUACUGAACUGUCACCCACUUGGGCUGGGCUGGAAGGCGGCUGCUGCCUUUGAUCUCAGUCUCCCAGGCCCUCUCUCCAACCUUGUGUUUGCCUACUGCUGAAGGCCAGUGCUAAGGGGAGUCCCCUGGCACCUGACCAAAGCUUUCCCCAAACCACUUCUGCUACUGGGAGACCUUGCCUAACCCCUUCGAUUUCAGAAGGAAAACCUGAGACCAUGGACUUUGCUUAGAAGGGAGGAUAUAUGCUGGGUGCCCCUGAGGGGCCAGGGUGCAGCCUGGGUGGUCAGACUGUGGCUGGAGGUCAAGGGGCAGGCCGUGUUGCUGGACAUCCUUCUGGCUGGCUUCCCUCUUUCAUAGAGUGCCCUUUGCCCCAAGGGGUAAGACCCUAAGCAGCAGACAGGCCCCCUAAAUUGGCCAAUGAACAGACCAGGUUUGGGAAGGGGCGUGGGGAAGAGCAGGUGAGUCCCUUUUCUCUGAUCUUCCAGGUCCCUGCUCCUCCAUCUCAGGUCAUGAGGACUCUAGAUCUUUGCUUUCGGUGCUGUACAGUUGGACUGUUUCUCCCCUGGCACCUGCUACAGAAGAACAAAAACAAUCCCAGCCAGCCUGGACAACAGAGCUCAACCUCCCCCGACUCCUACGUUCAAAGUUGGGACACUCUCCUACCACCUGUAGAGAAGAGGGAGGGGGUUUGAGAUCAAGCCCAGGUACCUGAGGUUCCUAGACAGCGCCGGACUUCGGACCCUGUGUCCUGCUACUCCAGCUGGGGCUCCUCUAGAGGUCAUGGAGCUGGGUCUGUCUCCGCUCCAUCUCAGCAGCUCUCCAGAAGACCUGUACCUGGCCUCUGGGACACCUCCUGGGACUCCCCCGCCUCUCGAUGCCCCUCUGUCUGGGGAGGUGAAGAGGUCCCAGCCUCUGCCCAUUCCAACCAGCAGGAAACUUCUUCGAGAGGAGGAGCUGCAGUCAACCUCUCUGCCCUCCAUCCCCAACCCCUUUCCUGAGCUCUGCAGUCCUUCUUCACAGAGCCCCAUUCUUGGGGGGUCCUCCAGUGCAAGGGGGCUGCUCCCUCGAGACACGAGCUGCCCCCAUGUCAUAAAGGUGUACAGCGAAGACGGGACCUGCCGCUCGGUGGAGGUGGCGACAGGUGCCACGGCUCGCUAUGUGUGCGAGAUGCUGGUGCAGCGAUCUCACGCCCUGAGUGACGAGAACUGGGGGCUGGUGGAGUGCCACCCCUACCUAGCACUGGAGCGGGCCUUGGAGGACCAUGAGUCAGUGGCGGAAGUGCAGGCUGCCUGGCCCAUUGGUGGAGACAGCCGCAUCGUCUUCCGGAAGAACUUUGCCAAAUACGAGCUGUUCAAGAGCACUCCACACUCCCUAUUCCCAGAAAAGAUGGUCUCUAGCUGUCUGGAUGCACACACGGGCAUGUCCCAUGAGGACGUCAUCCAGAACUUCCUGAAUGCAGGCAGCUUCCCAGAGAUCCAGGGCUUCCUGCAGCUCCGGGGGUCAGGGCGCAAGCUUUGGAAACGGUUUUUUUGCUUCCUGCGCCGCUCUGGCCUGUAUUACUCCACCAAGGGCACUUCCAAGGAUCCGAGGCACCUGCAGUACGUAGCAGAUGUGAACGAGUCCAAUGUGUACGUGGUGACCCAGGGGCGCAAGCUCUACGGGAUGCCCACAGACUUCGGCUUCUGUAUCAAGCCAAACAAGCUUCGAAAUGGCCACAAGGGGCUUCGCCUCUUCUGCACUGAGGAUGAGCAGAGCCGCUCCUGCUGGUUAGCCGCCUUCCGCCUCUUCAAGUUUGGGGUACAGCUGUAUAAGAAUUACCAGCACACACUGUGCCGCCACCUGUGCCCCCCCUGUGGGGGUUCCCCACCUUCGAGGAGUGUCUCAGACAACACCCUGGUGGCCAUGGACUUCUCCGGCCAUGCCGGGCGUGUCAUUGAGAACCCCCGGGAAGCUCUGAGCGCCACCCUGGAGGAGGCCCAGGCCUGGCGGAAAAAAACGAACCACCGUCUCAGCCUGCCCACCCCCAGCUCGGGCACGAGCCUCAGUGCAGCCAUCCACCGCACACAACCCUGGUUCCAUGGACGCAUUUCUCGCGAGGAGAGCCAGCGGCUCAUCGGGCAGCAGGGCCUGGUUGAUGGCCUGUUCCUGGUCCGAGAGAGUCAGCGGAACCCACAGGGCUUUGUGCUUUCUCUGUGCCACGUGCAGAAAGUCAAACAUUACCUUAUCCUGCCGAGCGAGGAGGAGGGGCGCCUGUACUUCAGCAUGGACGACGGCCAGACUCGCUUCACCGACCUGCUGCAGCUCGUGGAGUUCCACCAGCUGAACCGCGGCAUCCUGCCCUGCCUGCUGCGCUACUGCUGCACCCGCGUGGCCCUCUGACCACUGCAUGGGCCGGUCACAUCUCGGCCCACCCCAGGCUGCCCCCCUCCUCCGGAGCGGCCCGCCCCGGAGUGGGCUCAGAGUGGGCAGAAGGUGAGGCCAGGAUCAUCAUGAAUGGCUGGGAGCUCCCCUACUCCAGUUUUCUCCUCUGCUCCUUGCCUCCUUCAAGCAGAAGGUGCUCCCCACCCAGUCCACCCUCAACUUUUCCUUCAGGGAAGGCACUUGUGUGGCCCUCUCCCCUUCACGGAGCUCCUGGGUGCUGCUCUGGGACAGGACACUAUGGGAGAAAUGGAGGCAGCCCAGGUGGUCUUUACACCCACAUUUUGUACAGACUGAGAGGCCAGUUGAUCUCUGUUUUAUACUAGUGACAAUAAAGAUUAUUUUUUGGUA